UUCUUCAUCAAUUAUCGCCCUUUACUUUCUUCCAAUAUUCCACAUCAAAGCAGCACCUUUCCACUUUUCCAUUUUAUAUCCCCCAACUUUUGUUCCCUUAUUAAAGGCCGCAUGCAGCACCUAAGCUAAGCAUAACUUGUUCACUUACACUUGCACACAUAGGGAGAGAAGAGAAGGUGAGAAUCUAAAUUGUUUAGCUUAUUAAGUAGUGACUCUAUUCCAUUCUCUAGCUCUUCAACAACAUGACAGGGAAGAGAAACCAGACACCAACAACAACAACAGCAACAACAAUAAGUCCUGUGGGAAGUCCAACUUCUGGUAACAUCUCAGACAGUUCCUCAAAAGAACAAGACAGGUUCCUCCCCAUAGCCAACGUUAGCCGCAUCAUGAAAAGGGCACUCCCUCCCAAUGCAAAAAUCUCAAAGGAAGCCAAAGAAACAGUUCAAGAGUGUGUGUCUGAGUUCAUCAGCUUCAUCACCGGUGAGGCCUCAGACAAGUGCCAGAGAGAAAAGAGGAAGACCAUCAACGGUGAUGAUCUUCUCUGGGCCAUGACAACCCUAGGAUUUGAGAACUAUGUUGGACCCUUGAAGCUCUACCUCAACAACUACCGGGAAACUGAGGGAGAAAAGAGUUCCAUGGCCAAACAAGAAGAACACUCUCCAACUCAUCAAACCAAUGAUGGGCUGCCUGAACUCAACAAGUUGCCUCAUUCUUCUGCAACAAAACCAGACUUCAACUCUUUCACUGCUGGCUUCUAUUCUGUGGGGCCUCAAUUAACACCUCCAAAGAGCUUCACAGAUAUUGGAGGAAUCAACGGUUAUAGAGAGACCUCCAUGAACAGUGUCAUUGCUCAAAGUGCGGUCAGUGCUGAUCAAGAUGCAAGUGGUAAUAGAAUGAUGCCAUCUGACCUACGUUAUAGGGUUGAAUGGUAGAUGUGACAACCAUAGCAGCCUUCCCCCAUUACAUAUCAUAUCAUAUAUAAUAUAAAUAAUAUUCUUAUUACGAUCUAUCAUAUGAUAUAAUUAACAACUUCAUCGUUUAUUGCUACAUUCUGUAACACAGUAUAUUGUAGUUUGCAGUGUUAGUAUUUAUCUUGUGGCAUGAGUCUAGUGUUGAAGGGAAUAUCGGUCUAAGAUCGUAUCUCGUACGGUUGAAGAUUUUGAUGCAAAAAGAUAAUGGACUUCACCUUCUUCUUCUUCGUGCUGUUGAAGAGGUGACUUAAUCUUUACUUUGAACCCUUUUCGUCAUUUCAAAAGUACUGCAACUUUAUCAA